CUCCAUGCGACGCACGUGCGCGAGUGAACACGUGGCGAUGGAUGACGACGCGGUUCAGAGCUCGAGGAGAGCUCGCAAGCGAACCUCGCGGAGCGAAAAUGACGCGUCCGCGUCGAAGAGAGCGAGGGUCAACGGGUUUGUCGCGGAGGAACCGGAACCCGAAGUGUCAACUGACAUCAGGAGUGACGAAUUUGACGGACGAUUCCUGAGAUCCCUUCUCUCCUCCUCCAGCGGCUUGGGCUCCCUGAGGAAGUUCCUGACGAUAUGCAGCGAGAACGAGGAGAGGGACCUCGCAGGGGAGUACUUGCUCGCCGGUGGUGGUGUCCUGGAAGUUCUGAGACUUUUAGACUUCUCUGACAAGAAGAGCACCAGCAACGCAGUCACUGUCUUCUCCGCUGUCAAUAUUUUACUGAUGAAGAUCUUGACAAAGUAUCCUCAAUGUCAGAAUAGUGCGGUGGAAGCCUGUCGCCACCUGUUGAACUCAUACAUGUCUAUUGUACACUCGAUGCUUUCAACUCAGAGCAAUGUCAAGCAGCGCAAGAUAGUAUUGAAGCUGCUCACAGCGGUAGUGUCUUUAAAUAAUAGUUUGGCUAGAGAGUUACUUGCACAUCUGUCAUUGCAACGAAAUGUACUGGAGAGUCUAGUGCAACACACCAAGCCUGCGGAUCCUCAAAAUAUCAGGACGUGUUUCAUCCAUUUUAUUCUUGCUUUUCUCGUGGAAGGAGACUCAUCGGUGAUUAAAACAUUGUUAGAUAAGCAUAGCUUAUUUACUUGCAUCUUCUCAGAUUUGUUGUACGAUUCCAAGGAUAUUGUUACUCUGAUUCUGACAACUGUGAAGACAUACGUAUUGGAGAACAGUAGCAUCACCAAAACGAUGAAGCUACAUGUAUUCUCUACAUCUGUCGUAUUGAAUCUAAUAUCGCUGUACAACUGGAAAGGCCCAACUAACUGGCCUAAAAAUAAAACUCACUAUUCUGGUGAGAACAACAGCUUUUUAGCUGACAAAGAGGCUGUCAACGAUACAAUUCAUGCAUUCUUAAUCACUCUACUGACAUCACAUCGCUAUGGAAUUAUUUUCCACGAUCGAACAUUAGGUUCGCGGAAUAAACACAAUCAGCUGGUGUAUACGGUUCUCCAGAGUUUGGAGAAACCUUGGGAACACGAAAAGCCAUCGGAUCUAGUUAUCAAGAUAAUGAGGGCUUGUCCGGAUCUAAUACGUUCGCAAUAUGUUGCCGUCGAGCCGUUUCUCGAACCUCGCGUGUCGUCCAAGUGGAUCUGUCUUCUCAGAUUCGUAAAGAAGGUAAUCGAAUCACUCGAUCCAGUCAAUUGCAUCAAGACCUGUACUGCAGAAUUAAAUGCAAACAGAUUGACAAAUACGCUAUUAUCCUUGACAAUUCCGGACAUAAUUAUAAAAAACGCUAUCUUGCCAGGAUUAAGCCACGACAGUUUGUUUGUCAGACAUGAGACUCUGUCUCUUCUUCUAGCAAUGACUUCUCAGUUGAAAAUCGUUUGCUCCACCUUAAAAGACUUCCACAGGACGUUCGUAGUUCAAAACCAGAUAACGGAUUUCAUACUGAAGAUUAUUCCCAACUUGGAAACGAUCUUAAAAGUGUGGCAUCAAGCCUUCGAAGCUGAUGUUAAUACGAUAAAUUCGGAGAGCACUGAAAAUAUUCACAAUCCGGAUUUGUUAGAUCAUCUCGAGCUCAUCCUUAAUGUUCUUCACUCGUAUAAGGAUAUAUGCCCAGAAUUGCUAGAUAAUUCGAUGAAUUUGCAGCCAAAUGUGCUUCUAUCAAGCUUAAAUGAUCUCCAGGAUGGCGAAGAAGAGGAUGGAGGAGCCAAAUUAAAGAAGAUAAACUGCAUGAAGGUGAAAGCAAUACAAUUCUUGCUCGUCUUGGACUCUUCCAUUUUCGCACCUAGAGAAAAAGUUUUUAAAGAAGCUCUUCCUUUUUUGAUAUCGUUGAUUCAUCAAACAGAUUCUUCAUUGGAAAGCUACGAGGAUGCUACCAAAAAUGCUAUUAGAAUGUUGCUAAACGCGACAAGUCUGUUUGAAAGCUGCGACGAUCAGUUUGAUAUUUGGAUUGAUGGUUUCUCAAUGAUAACCGAUCCUAAAGAGAUAGAGGAAUUAACACACUGGUUUAUGUCCAUUUUGAAAAGUUGCAUUAAACACACCGAUAAAUAUAUAAACAGUAUAACGCAAGCAGAAGAAAUAUUAUUAAAUGACCAGGUGGUUAGCCUCGAUGUAAAAGCAAAAGAUGUAAUUAAUGAGUUAUUUGAUAAGGCCAAUAAGAAUCCGAGUCCUUGCGAAAAAGAAUUUGUCACAGCAGACUCGUCUUCAAUUAAUGGAGAAUUAAAUGUUGAUGCAAAGAGAGAUGAUACGGUUAAUAGUCUUGAUAAGCUCAACAAAGAAGAUUCCAAAGUCACCAUUACGCAUACUAAUAAUUACAGAGUGCAGAGGAAUGAGCAAAUUAUUAAUCUUGAAGAAGUGAAGAAGAUGGAAAAUGAGAUCGAUCGGCUACUUGAAAAGAUAAAUCCCAAUAGUUUUUCUAAUAUUAAUGACCAUUCUCUUUCUUUGAAGAAAAUUGUCUCUGCAUCAGGGACGGCUUCAAUUGAUGAAUUUGCUAAUUUUGAUAGAAAGAAAACCGACGACGUGACUGAUCAUCUCUCCGACCAGUUUAGCAAUGAAAAUCUGAAUCCUUACAAAAUGCAAACCUGUACGUUGGUGUCGCCGCUUUUAUGUUGCGCUCUUGAAAAGACAAGAGUGAAGAAUCAUUCCGCCAUCAUCUUAAAUUAUUUAUCCUACGUAACAAUUCACACUUUCCAUCAUCAGAUUGUUCCGGAUGUAUUGGUCCACAUGACGACAGAUUUGAUUGACUUGCCGAUUUAUAAUUAUUUACAGAGUUGGUCGAGGAACGGACAACCAGUUCCUUUGAAGAAUAAGCUUCCAUCCUUGAAGUUAUUGCGCAAACUAGGAAGCGCAUUGUUGAAGGAUUCCGAGGUGGACAUAAUCAAAUUUUUCAAGCUGUUUGGAGGCGAACUUUCGUGUUGCUUCAAAUAUGCCGACGAAGAAGUCACUGUUAACCACUCUUUGUCUUCACACGACGUCAAGGUUUUACUGAAGACAACUGUGUUUUAUUUAGCGCAGCUAGCCCAACGGGGACUCUUGCAACGGAUCCAGAACGAAAAUUGCAAAGUCUUGCUCAUUUCUUUGCUGAACAUCGCACAAUCUAUAAAUGGAAAUAGGAUGUUUGUAGAAAACGUAAAAUGUAUCUUUACGCAUCCCAUUCUGUUGCAUUAUUUCUCGCCAUUUUGCGGAGAAGCGUCGAAAGAUUCGACCGAGGAUAUGAUAACUCGGACGAUCCUAGAAGUCUGCCAAGUUGUUGCAUCUUUCUUCGAAAAACAUGAUGAUGCUACAGAAACCUAUAAUAUCUUCUUCGCAUUUAGAAACAAGUUCCUCGCCCGACUGAGAAAUAUCGAGAAAGAUCCUCUGGAGGUUUCUGAUAACAAUUAUGCUCUCGCAUUCUUGAAAGUAUUACAAUUGAGCGCACAAGAGAUCUCGAGUUUGCUGCUUGCUUUGACAAAGCUGGAGAAAAUCGUUUUUAUUUCAAACGAUAAACAAAGCUUGUCUGUAGUCGGACAUGUCGUUCCAACAUUGUUAGACAUGUAUUGCAGCAAAGUAUCAAAAUUGCAACGCAAUCAAUAUAACGAAUUGAAUGAACAGUUUCUAGAAAGGUUCAGCCUACACCUGGUGUACAUAAAGUCUAAUAAAAUACAGUGUACGGACAGGUGGGAGCAAGCUUUGGCAAAAUACCUGUCCAUGUUUCCAUGUAAUAUUGCUGAUGUUAGCAAUAUUACAUGGAAACAUGGACAGUUCAUCAGCACUGAAACUUUUGCAUUAUUGUUAACGAAGGGCAUCGCCGCGUCCACGAUUCACCUGAUAGCAAUUUUAAUUGUUAAAAAUAUCAGACUGAUUCCGUCGCUGAUGAAAUACCUGCUGAAGUCGGAAAAUAUGAAACGAGGGGAUAUUGUGUUUCCAAUAUUGGGCGGCAACUUAAAGUACAAGUGGACCGAGAAGUUUCUUCAAAGUCUUUACAAGUCUUUCGGCGACGAUAUCGCCGCGUAUCUAACCGAGCCGCAAAAUCCCGUUCCCUGGAUCGAAGAAAACGCAUCAGCGAUCGCCUACCUCAUCGAGAACACUUUCGAUCGUCCCUUGUGCAAGAAAACUUGCAUCAGUAUUUCCCAGAACGGCGAUAAACUGGACAUGGUACCCGUCCACUUCGUACAACUGUUGGCAAGUUUAUACAAAAGGUAUGAAAGUCUGAUGACUGUGAAAGAAAAGCCCUUAACCGAUCUGUUAUUGGUAUUAUUACACGUAAUGACCUCAACGCUGAAGAGGGAGUCGAAGAACAAGGAAAAGAUCAGAGUGUUAUGCGAGAAGCUGGACGGUACAGUGCUCUGUUUGAGGAAGAUCAAACGCGACUUCAACUUUAGUUCGCUAAGCAAAAGCUACUCGUGGCCACAAUUCACCAGGUUUUCCUUGAAGUUAGGUCUGAAGGAUGCUAAGGAUGACGAGAUCCAGUCGAGUGUAUUGAAGAGUCUGAGUAAUCUGUGCGACAUCGCGUAUGAGGAUAACGAGAACGACGAAUAUGCGAAGACGUUAUUUGAAAUGACGACCUCCCAUUCAGAGUUUGUUAACGUCAUGCUCAGCUCGUCCAUUGUUAAAGACAAUCUGGUGGAAUUACUCAGGAUACUCAUCCGAAAGAAUGAAUCGGUGAUAAAUGUCUCGCACGUGCCCCUUUAUCUCGCGGCUUACAGCGCCACUCUCAGUCACGCCGAUCAGCGUAUUUUGAAGAUUCUUCGAUAUUACGAGGCCCAUGGCGUUAAACUUCAACAGUACUGGCCGUAUUUAUGGGGAAACGCUGCGGCAACACGUUAUAGUGUGAAGGGAGAGACGGACACUGUCCUCUGGAGACAACCCUCCACUUCAGAGAUUUUUAACUUGUUUGAUAAGGACAUCGUCAACGAGACUAUAAGAAAUUAUCCCAUACACAGAACGUUGGAAGCUGAUGAGUUACAGGACAACACUAAGGUGUACGAUCCAGCGUUUUAUCUGCCGUUGCUGUGUUCUUUAUUGGCAGAAAACAAUGUUAUCGCGUGCCAUAAAAUAAAUCAGAGCGGCGCAUUAGCCUUGGUAUUCGCUGCUUGCUGCAGCGAUUCGAGCGGUAUUCGGAUGGCAGCAUAUACCGUCAUCUCCAGAUACUAUUUUCACUUGGAAGCGUCCAAGUCGAAAGAGAAAUUAUUGUGGAUGCGUCUGAUCGACGCUUUACGAAAUGGCAUCGUACUCCUGAAAUGUCCAUUGAAGGACGUUAGUCUGAGCUGCCUGGUGACCACCUUUCUCGCUCGGGCCUCCUUGAUCGCCAGUCAACCUCUGCAUCCGCUUUACUCGUCAUUGCAUAGCUUCUUAAUGGCCAAACCUGCGCUGGACGUAAAUACCAUACCAGAGCUGUUACAGUUGUUGCAUAGUUCACAUGUGGAGCACAAAGCGCAUCGACACUGGAUCCUACAGACCAUUCGGGACGGUAUGAGAAAGAAAGGCGACGUAGACCUCGCUUUGAAAUGCGUGCUAUUCAGGAUGCUUCUGGAUUUUUACACUUGCAUAUUGUCGGACUCCAAGACUAAGAAACUGAUAUUGGAAGUUAUUGUCUCUACUACCAAAAUUCCUAAAGCAUCUUUACUUCUUAUACGAGGAUACGGCAUACUUCCUUGGUUGUACGAGAUUAUUCAUCGUGACGGGGAAGUUUACGAAACGAAAAGUGGAGCUAUUAAUAGUAUAAUUGAAAAUUUACUGAAUAGCUUAGACAAUUCAACAGAGGACGUUAUUCAUUACAAAUUUCUAUUAUUUAGUAUUCUUUUACGAUUAAAAACAUAUUUAAAAGACAAGUAUAAAGUUUGCCGUGUCAUUUAGUUGCAUUUUUUGCAGUUUUCAUGAGUGAAACAAAAUAGAUGUAUAUAUAUUUUAAAUAAACAAAUAUAGGAAAAAAUAUAGUACAGGAGAUGCAACUAAAGCAAAUAAACCUGUUACGAAUCCGAUUUCUCAACGAAAUAAAUAAUUGCACUUAAUAUAUAUAAUUCUGCUUAAUUUA